UAACCUGUGAGACACACACCUGUACGCAGUGCAAAGAGAGCCACCUCGAGAGACAAAGAAGAGAGAAAGAUCAUGGUGUCUGCCGGGCUUCAGUUACUGGGCACCGCCCUGGCCAUCAUAGGAUGGAUCGGUGUUAUUGUGGUCUGCGCUCUUCCCAUGUGGAAAGUUACAGCUUUCAUCGGCAACAACAUCGUGACGGCGCAGACUGCAUGGGAGGGAAUCUGGAUGAGCUGCGUCGUGCAGAGCACCGGACAGAUGCAAUGUAAAGUCUACGACUCCAUGUUGGCCCUCUCCUCAGACCUUCAGGCCGCCCGUGCCCUCACCAUCAUUUCCGUUGUGAUUGGGAUCCUGGGCAUUAUGCUGGCCAUGGCUGGAGGUAAAUGCACCAACUGCGUUGAGGACGAGAGCUCCAAAUCCAAGGUCGGUAUCACUGCCGGUGUGAUUUUCAUCAUUGCUGGAGUGCUGUGUCUGAUCCCGGUGUGCUGGACGGCCCACGUCAUCAUUCAGGACUUCUACAACCCCUUGGUGAACCAAGCCCAGAAGAGAGAGCUGGGAGCAGCGCUUUACAUCGGCUGGGGAGCCGCAGCCUUGUUGAUCAUCGGGGGAGGUUUGCUCUGCUGCAACUGCCCACCAAAGGAGCAAACAGGAAAGUACACAGCUAAAUAUAAUGCUGCACCUCGGUCUGAAGCUUCUGCACCUUCUGGCAAGAACUUUUUAAAACCUCUCAGACGCUUUGCGCAACCCCAAAGUGACCUGUGUCCAGCAACGAUGGCAUCUCAAGGCAUUCAGAUCCUGGGCAUCAUGCUUGCCAUGAUAGGCUGGUUGGGGACCAUCAUCACCUGUGGCAUGCCAAUGUGGAGGGUUACGGCCUUUGUUGGAGCAAACAUCGUCACAGCACAAAUUAUCUGGGAGGGUCUGUGGAUGAGCUGUGUGGUUCAGAGCACCGGACAGAUGCAGUGUAAAGUCUACGACUCCAUGUUGGCUCUAUCGCAAGACCUGCAGGCUUCCAGAGCAAUGGUUAUCAUCUCCAUCAUGGUGGGCGUCUUUGGAUUCCUGAUGGCUGUGGUUGGAGGAAAGUGCACCAACUGCUUGGAGGACGAAGCAGCCAAAGCUAGAGCGUGCAUCGUUUCAGGAGUGGUUUUAAUUAUUGCUGGUUUUCUCAUCCUGAUACCGGUGUGCUGGUCUGCACACACUCUUAUCAGGGACUUCUACAACCCUUUAGUAACUGCAAGCCAGCGGAGGGAGCUGGGAGCCUCACAGUAUCGCGCCCCCGGUGAGCAGCAGCCCCGCGGCACCCCAGCCCAUGUAGAGCGACGCCCCGAGUUCCCGUCUCUGCGCGUCCGCCAAAAGCGGGUUGUAGAAAUCCCGGAUAAUGGUGUGCGCCGACCAGCAGACGGGUGUGGUGCAUUUCCCUCCUACGACCGCCAGGAGAAUGCCGAUAAUAGAGAGCACGAUGGAGAUGACGAGCAAAGCGCGGGCGGCUUGCAGGUCCGGGGACAGGACCAUCCACAGUCCUUCCCAAAUGAUCUGCGCUGUCACGAUGUUGUUGCCGAUAAAAGCUGUGACCCUCCACAUAGGGAGGACGCAGCACAGUAUCGCGCCCCCGAUGAGCAGCAGCCCCGCGGCGCCACAGCCCGUGUAGAGCGACGCCCCGAGUUCCCGUCUCUGCGCGUCCGCCAAGAGCGGGUUGUAGAAAUCCCAGAAAAUGGUGUGCGCCGACCAACAGACGGGUGUGAGACACAGCAGUCCACUGAUGAUGAAAAACACCCCUGCAGAUAUGACAACUCUUGCUUUGUCGGUUUUGUUCCCAAUGCAGUUGAGUCUGCUACUUUUCACACUAACGAGAACGUAAUGGCAUCUGCUGGGCUUCAGAUUUUGGCCACUGCUCUGGCGGUCAUCGGCUGGUUGGGCGAUAUCAUUAUCUGCGCGCUCCCCAUGUGGAAAGUGACGGCCUUCAUUGGCACCAACAUCGUGACCGCACAGAUCUUCUGGGAAGGCCUUUGGAUGAACUGCGUGCAGCAGAGCACGGGGCAGAUGCAGUGCAAGGUCUACGACUCUAUGCUGGGGCUACCACAAGACCUCCAGGCCGCUCGAGCUCUGGUUAUCAUCUCCAUCCUCGUGACCUUCUUGGGAGUUCUUCUGGCCGUCGCUGGAGGCAAGUGCACCAACUGCAUUGACGACCGGGACGCAAAGGCUAAAGUGGGUGUCGCGGCCGGCGUGUUCUUCCUGGUGGGUGGCGUCCUGUGCCUGAUCCCGGUCUGCUGGUGCGCACACAGUGUCAUCCGGGACUUCUACAACCCCAUCCUGUCUGAGGCUCAGAAGCGGGAGCUGGGAGCAUCGCUGUUCAUCGGCUGGGGCGCGUCUGGUCUGCUGAUCAUCGGGGGCUCGCUUCUCUGUUGCCAGUGCCCGAAGAAUGACGGUCGCGGUUAUUCCGUGAAGUACUCCGCUCCGAGGUCUGCUCCAGGAGCCUAUGUGUGAGACUCAGACUUUUUGGACUGAAAUGAAUUCUCCUGUUUGUGAAGGAAGAGAUUUUUAACUUAGUCUUGGAUGACUAUUUUUAACUUAAUAAAUUCAUGUUUGUUUUUUA